ACCUCUACCAGAUCCGUUCGUAUUGUCGUUCGCAUAAUGGAUAACGCGAAUGACAAGUCGCAGAGACUGCAAUCUAACGAGGAGGUGAUAGAAGAACUUACUAGAGAUCUGAAAAGUUCCUCUAUCAAAGACGAAAAUACGGGAAAUGGAAGCAACUCGUGGGACAUCACGGACAGUCAGGGAAAUAUAGAAAAGUGCUCGCAGCGCAAAAUGCCCAACCCUGCGGACAGUCAACCGAAUGAAAAUAACGAUAGCACACAAAAUACCGUUUUCCCGGAAGAUGUAGACGAGGAGUUUCUCAAGGACAGAGAUCUGUCACUCUCGGAAGGUGAACAGGAGGCGAUAAAAAAUGAAGCGGAAAAGUUAAAGCAAGUGGGCAACGAUUUUUUCAAAAAUGCCGAAUACGUGCAGGCGAUAUCGCAGUAUACGCAAGCGUUGCAAAUUUGUCCACUAGCGUAUAGCAAAGAAAGGUCUAUAUUGUAUGCAAAUAGGGCAGCAGCAAAAGCAAAAUGCCAGACAGAAAAAGAUUCUGCGAUAUCAGAUUGUACAAAGGCCAUUGAAUUAAACUCUAGUUAUAUAAAAGUUUACAUCAGGAGAGCACAAUUGUACGAAGAGACGGACAAGUUGGAUGAGGCAUUAGAAGACUACAAAAAAGUAUUAACGUUUGAUCCUUCUCAUACUGAAGCUAAUCAUGCUGUCAGGCGAUUACCUCCGUUAAUUGACGAGAGAAAUGAGAAAUUAAAAGCCGAAAUGUUGGGCAAGCUUAAAGACCUAGGAAACAUGGUUUUGAAGCCGUUCGGCCUCUCCACGAAUAACUUUGAACUGCAGAAGGAUCCGAACAGUGAUGGUUAUUCCGUAAAGUUCAAACAGAACCCCACCUAACAAGCUAGUUACAUGUUUCUUAUCCAUACACAUUAUAGAUAAAAUGUCCACGUUUUUAUUCAUAAAAAUUAAGCUAUAUUUAUAUAUGCUACACGAAUCCUAUCCUGGAUUCCAUCUCUAGUUGUAAUAAAAUGCAAAUAUUAACGAGA